AUGGAAAAACCAACUAAAGCAUUGCAAAUCACAUUACAGUUUGGAAAAACCAAAACAUUACGUUUCUUUACGGAUCAGAUCGGUUUGCGUCGGGUCAAGAUAUUACAUUUCACUCAUUUACAGUGUCAAGUUCAACGAAGAAGUCGAUAUGAGGUGAUGGCAGGAGAUCAAGUGAUGAUUAAUUUAGAUAAUUUCACUGAACUUGAAAUUGAAUUUUAA